CUAGGAGUGAAAGAACUCUUUUGGCAGUCAGAAUAGAGCUUUUAUUGAGGAUAUUUCUAAGCUAACCAUCAGGGACCGAAUAGCUGGACUGUAAAAAUUUCAGAGCUGAAUCAUUCUUUUUUCAUUCUUACGUUCUUUUCUUCUGUAAGAUCCAGUGCAGCUCACAAAGCAGAAGCAAGCAACAUGCAAGGAGCCUUCCCCUUAGUUUUGGAGUAUCAGCCCCAGUGACAAGAGCAAAUAUUCAAAACCGCAAAAGAAGAUCAGAAAACUGAAACUGUGCUGAAGGAGGUGGUUAAAUCUCUGGCCUUUUUGAGUGUUCAGCACCCUCAUAUUGCCCUCCCUGCACUGUGCACAGGGUCUCACCUCCAUCCCUUGCCUAACAGUUGUGGAGAUGGGGCUGGGUGUCCUUGUGCUCUGUCUUUGUACUCUGAGCUGCCUGGAGCUGCUAGUUGUGGUGGAGGCUGCAGUACCCCUGGAGGACUUCUACCCAUUUGGCCUGGAUGAAGGGGAUUCCCUGACCAACAAGCAAGAUGAUGGUGGCUCUGGGCUUGUACUAAUCUCAGUGGAAAUGCCAUUCUUUGGUGACAGGCACACAGGACUGUAUGUCAACAACAAUGGCCUAGUGUCAUUCCUGAGAGAGGUGUCCCAGUUUACACCUGUUGUCUUCCCGAUCUCUGGAGAUCGAAGAGUGGUUGCCCCCUUCUGGGCAGAUGUGGACAACAGACGUGCAGGGCAGGUCUUCUACAGAGAGACCAAGGACCCAGCAAUUCUUCAGAGGGCCACCAAUGAUGUUAGCCAGUAUUUUCCAGAGUUCCCCAAUUUCACUACCUCCUGGGUCUUCAUUGCUACCUGGCAUCAAGUUACUUUCUUUGGAGGCAGUUCUUUAACACCGGUAAACACAUUCCAAGUCAUUCUCAUCACUGAUGAAGAACUGUCCUUCACCAUCUUUCAUUAUCAUAAUAUUACAUGGACUACUGGAAUGCAUGCUAGCAGUGGAGGAGAUCUUGUAGGCCUUGGUGGAAUUGCAGCACAGGCAGGCUUCAAUGCAGGUGAUGGUCAGCGCUACUUUAAUAUACCAGGCUCUCGUACCAGUGAUGUGGUGGAUGUGGAGAGCACCACUAAUGUGGGCUACCCUGGGCGCUGGGUCUUCCGCAUUGAUGAUGCACUGGUGCGUGUGGGUGGCUGCAACCAUUCAGCAUUUGUGUGCCAGAACCUGAGGCCCUGCAUGAAUGGAGGACGUUGCAUCAAUGACUGCAUCACAGGAAACCCAUCAUUCAGCUGCUCUUGCCUGGCUGGCUUCACGGGGAGGACAUGCCAUAUAGAUGUGGAUGAAUGUGCCUCACACCCCUGUCAAAAUGGUGGCUUGUGCAAAGACCAGACAAAUAGUUACACCUGCAUGUGUGGCCCAGGCUACAAGGGCCAGUUGUGUGAAAUAGACAUUGAUGAGUGCCAGGAAAGACCUUGUCAGAACAAAGCGCAGUGUGUCCAAGGAGUGGGCAAUUUCACCUGUCUGUGUGCUGCAGGCUUCAUUGGGCCCCUUUGUGAGACAGAUAUUAACGAAUGUGAAUCCAAGCCAUGUUUGAAUGGGGGAGAAUGUGUCGAAUGGUUGAACAACUAUACUUGUACCUGCCCUGCUUCCUUCACUGGAAUACAUUGUGAAACAGAAAUUGAGAUUCAGGGGAAUUUCUCAUUGGCUGUAACUGAAAGACUAACAGCAUCCUGUGAGGGGGAACGAUGUAAGAAUCAGUCCUGUGUAUAUAUCAGCCCUGGAAUAUACAACUGCACUUGCUUACCAGGUUACUAUGGCCAUAAAUGUGAAGAGGAGUGCCUAUGUCAAAACGGGGGUGUAUGUGUGGAUGUGAAUGGUAGCUGUGACUGCCCAUCCAGGUACACUGGAGUAUACUGCCAGUUUGAGGUCACUCAGACCCCAUGCAGCAGCAGCAGGCCAUGUCCAGAUGGGGGGCCUUGCCUGGAGUAUCAGGGCACUUACCUGUGCACCUGCCAGACUGGAAUCACUGACAUAGAUCACAGGCACUUCUACCCCUUUGUGCAGACCCAAGCAGUCUGUGACUCCACCCCCUGUCUGAAUGGAGGCUUCUGCUAUGAGCGGGAUGGGGGCUACACAUGUGAAUGCCAACAUGGAUACAGGGGGAGGCAUUGUGAGAAAGCCAGAUUGAGUGUCUGUGCCUCCAGCCCCUGUCGCAAUGGCGGCUCCUGUAUGGAGGAGGCAGGACGGUACUACUGUCUGUGUCCCUACAGGUUCACAGGGAAGCAUUGUGAAGUUGGAAAACCGGACCCUUGCUCAUCCAGCCCCUGUCUAAAUGGGGGCACCUGUUUUCACUACAUUGGAAAGUAUAAGUGUGAAUGUCCUAAUGGCUAUGGUGGAAGGCACUGUGAAGUAAGCAGAGGUGCAGCCCAAACACUGACAAGGCUGGACUGUGGGCCACCUGCUCACGUGAAGAAUGCAGAUGUACAGUUCACCUCCAGCACGCCUGGCUCCAUAGCACUCUACACCUGCCACCGAGGAUACAUGCCCCAACCGCAGGCUACACAGAGUAUAUGUGGGAGCCAGGGAGCCUGGAGCCAGCCCCCUGUCUGCGAGGAGAUCAAUGAGUGUCUGUCCCAGCCCUGUCUCAAUGGGGGCACCUGCCAAGACCGGAUGGCAUCCUACCUCUGUCAUUGUGCCAAUGGCUUCAAUGGGCUACGCUGCCAGACAGAUGAAAAUGAAUGCCUGUCGAAACCCUGCAAACAUGGCGGCAUCUGUGUGGAUCAGCCUGGCUCAUACUACUGCCACUGCCCACAGGGCUUUGCUGGCCGGGACUGUGACACAGAACUAUCAGAAUGUGAAUCAAACCCUUGUCUGAAUGGAGGGAUGUGCCGAGGCUACAGGGGAAGUCGACUAUGUCUGUGCAAGGAGGGUUUCACUGGAAAAUUUUGCCAGACUUUGGAGAAUCCCUGUGUACUGCAGCCCUGUGGAAACCGAGGCUUCUGCUACACUGAUCAGAAGGGGAACUACACUUGCACCUGCAGGGUGGGUCACACUGGCAAAGACUGUGAAAAAGAUCUGUUGCCACCGUCCGGCCUACAUGUGCUGCGGGUAGAGGAAACAGAGGUGGAGCUGCGCUGGGACCUCCCAUACUCCCCAGAGAAGCUCAUCAGUGGCUUUGCUGUAACAUAUGCGCCACUAGGUCGUGGUGCCCGCAAGACAGACUUCCUGGACAGGCAGCAGUCCAGUCACCUGCUGCGUGGCCUCAUACCUGGUCACCUCUACAACAUCUCAACCUUCUCUGUCAAGCGCAACAACAACAGCAAUGACAUCAGUCAGCCUGCUGUUGCCUUCAUUCGCACUAGGCCCCAGAAAGCGGAGGAGCUGCAGGUGGUAAAUGUGUCAUCCUCACAGAUCUGGCUGAGCUGGCGGGUGCAAACAGCCCCCCACUCUGCCGUCAGCCAGGUGCGCGUAUCACUCGUCCCAUCGGAUGGUGGUGGGGCACACAUUGCCCUGCUAAAUGCAAGCAUCACUGAGUACAGCUUCAGUUCCCUUCUCCCAGGCCACAUGUAUACUGUGGAUGUGCAGACACAAAGUGGGCUGAGGCCAGAAGACCUACCUUCCACAGGCCACUCUGCUGGGCCCCUGCAUAUCUGGACCAGACCUUCACCCCCCCAGAACUUCUCCCUUGCUCAUGUCGCUGCCACAUCAGCGCGGGUCACCUGGGACAGUGACUCCCGUAACCUUCCAGAUGGCUUUGUGGUCAACGUGACAUGGGGCCUGAAUAUGAGAAGUCGUUAUCUGCCCAGUGGAAAUGUGGGUUCUUACGUUGUGCAUGAUCUGGUACCUGGGCAGCACUACCAGCUAGCACUGACAGCUGUCUACAACACUGACCAUCAGCAGAUACACAGCCUGCCUCUGAACUUGGCUUUCCAAACCAUGCCAUUGGAGAAGGAGCUGAGCAAGAAGGUGAGGCCAACAGAGACUCAGCUGGAGUUGCAGCUGUCUCGGCCCAUACACAGUGCUUUGGAACACGUCCUGCAUGGGGCCGCUCAUCGGGAGAACCUGUCUAAAUAUACUGAGCUAAUUGAUGACAGAGGGAAGAUAACGGCCAAGUUCACUAACUUGUCCAAAAAUACCGUCAGGUAUCGUCCAAAACCUGAGCCUGUAAUAGAGAGAAUGGAAGAAACAACCAAUAAAAUCAACUUGGCACUAGAUAUUCCAGAGGACAACACAAAAGGAAAGCCUGUCUGCCAGCGAGUUCCACACCCCUGUACCCGACUUUAUUCAGAGACAAAAAGUAUUCCCAUCUGGGAAGGAGGAGCCUGCCAUUAUUUAUAUAAAAGGACCUAUAAAGUUCAGCAGGAUAUUUGUUACAGGGAAAUCUGCGACACGGCACUUUCGAAGAAAACUCCCAACAGAAGAACUCAGAGAAAGCAGUGAAUGUGUGGACACAUUUACUUCACUAUUCACCUGACCCAGAAAAAAAGUUGUGAAAACAAAUUACUAAAACAGAGAAUAGUACCAAUAUAAUGUACUCAGGCAGCAUGGUGGCUCUACAGGUAGUGCUGUUGGCUCUGUGCAGUUUUCCCUGUUUGCUCAGGUUAUCUCGUAUAGUCCAAAAACAUGUAGGUGAACUGAUAGGAGUUGGGCUGCUAACUGCUAUGUAGCUAAGGCACUGGGUUAUAAUGGGUAUCAUUAUGAAGGGGGUCAUUUAAGUAAACAAUUUUGGGCCAUUAGCAAACAGGAACCAAAAUGCAAAGUGAAACUGUAUGCCAGAAAAUGAAAUAGAAAUCACAGAACGAUACUAAACUGGAGUAGCAGGUCCUCAGAAACUUCUUAAUGAUUAGACAAGAGAUGUUGACCACAAUAAGCUUAGUUACACUAAUAGCAAAUAUUGGUGAUUAUACAUUAGGAUCAUCUAAAGGUAGACGUGAUCGUGACUAAUGACCAGUUCUGCAGCAAGGAAUUAGUGAAUCUGUUUUAUGAACUAAAUUAUUUAUGGUGGAAAAAUCAUUUGUAAGCAGGCAAAAAUGAGAGCUAGUUGUUUGGAAGAUUAAAAAUAUAUCACACUUCAGAAAACUAAAUUACAGUUUUUUUUUUAUUAAGGAUUAUUUGAAUAUUAAAAAUCUCAUUAAUUGUGUACAAGUCUUGAAUACUGGAUAUUCUGUAAAAUGUGUUGUUGACAUCAAAUCUCAACCAUUGCAAUAUGAAAAGCUCUUUAAGAUACAGUGUGAUCCUACAUAUUAUACAGGUCUUAUCGAAGUAGUAUGUGUGGCCUUGUAAGACUUGCUUCUCACAAAGGACAAAAUGAAUUGCUGAGUCUUAGGGGGAUAUAGAAAUAAAGUAUUUAUUUAAGUCAGUGUUCCUGUUUCUUCAGGAAACUUGUGAAGUUCUUUGAUUUCCAGUGAAUUUAGAUUUCUCAGUAUGAGAAUUGACCUCCAGUUAGCCCCAUCUGAAGUCCCAAAGGUUUCACUACUAGCUGCCUCCUUGAACAUUUUAACUUUCUCCAGCUCCAGUGUCUCCAGUUUCAAGUUUUUGCCUCAUGUUAUAGUUAAAUGAAUGACAAAAAGAGUCCCAUGAUUGCAUUUGAGGUCUACACACAGAGCAAAAGAAAGGCAUUGAAUUCUGGUUGUACAGUAAAGCAGUGGUGUGGAAAAAAAUACAUUCCUUAAAAGUUGAAAGAGUAGCAUAUGUUAAAUAUAUAAUAGUCCCCCCCCCAAGAAAUCUGGCAUAUAUUUGCACCACUCCCUCAUGAACAUCUUAAGAUUUCUCUAUUCUCUGUAUGAGCAUGUAUGUUCUGUCUUGAUCUGCCAUUUGCUUUAAGGAAAAAAAUUUAAAAAUUCCAAAACUGAUGUCAAAAGAAAAAAAAACUCUUUCUUCCUGAUAAACCGAAUUUCUGUGCAAGCUAUCAUGUAAAGUGUUUUUGUAGGUGAUUAUUUUAAUAAAAAAUUAUAAAAUGUA